AUGGAAUUAUAUGUUUAAUUCAUUCAAAGUUAAAAGAAAGAUGUCUUAACAAAAAGAUAGUAUAAAUUCUUAGCAGAUGAAGCAAUUACUAGUGGAUCUGAUUAUGAUUAAGAUGCUAAUCCAUUAGAAGGUUAUAAAAUAAAGGAGAAAGGACGCUAAGGUCAAUAUAGUUAUAAAAGAAGAUUGUUGUCAUCAAAGCAUACAUUAAAAAGAAAAUUUAGUUUUAAUUGGGAUCGUAUGGCCAUACGUUUUGGUAGAUUUUAUAACAAAAUAAAGUAAUUAGUAACACUCAAAUAACCUUACACUUUUAGUCCUGAUGGUUCAAUGAAAAUGUUAUGGGACCUAUUAUGCUUAUUAUUAGUGAUUUAUGAGAUGAUAACAAUACCUUUAUUGAUUAGUUUUGAAAUAGAGAUAAGUUAAGCAUUUUCAAGAAUAAGUACAGCUAUGUUUGUAUUUGAUAUUCUACUCAAUUUUAACACAGGUGUUUAUUUAGAAGGUAAAUUAAAUAUGGAAAGAAGGGAAAUAUUUAAGGAAUAUAUAAGUUUUUGGUUUUGGAUAGAUUUCAUAUCUACAUUUCCUUAUGAUAUUAUAAUGGAUGAAUCAUCUUCAUUAGUUUAAAGUGCAAAAUUAAUUAGAUUACUGAAAUUUCUAAGGUUUGUUAAAGUCUUAAAAUUAAUAAGAUUAGCUAAGUUAAAAAAAAUAAUAGAUAAAUUUGAUGAAAUAUUAUCAAUGAGACCUGGUAUAGCAGCAAUAGUCAAUUUUUGUAAAUUAUUUUUUUUUGUAUUAUUUUUUGCUCAUGUUCUUGGUUGCAUAUUUCAUUAUCUUGCAUAAUAAGAACCAAGUGAUGAUUCAUGGUUAGGAGAUAUCUAUUUUGCUGAUUGGUAAAUUAGAUAUGUAAAUUCUUUAUAUUGGGGAAUAGCAACAAUGACUACAGUAGGUUAUGGUGACAUAAGUCCUUAAACACCUUAAGAAAGAUUUAUUGGUAUUAUACUAUUAUUGAUUGCAUGUGGUGGUUUUGCUUUCACAAUGAAUUCUAUUGGAUUUGCUUUAUAAGAAAUAGAUGGAUAGAAUAAAAUGAAAAAAGAAAAAAUUAAUGGGAUAAAUAGAUUUAUGAAAAAAGCAGGCAUAUCUAAUUAAUUAUAGAAUAGAAUUAGAAGAUAUAUUGAAUUUGUAAUGGAAUCAAAAUCUUUAGUAUUAUAAGAUUUAACUAAUUAAGUUUAAAUUGAAUUAGCUAAUGAUUUAAGGAAAUAAGUAAAUGGAAAAUUACUUGGGUAUUGCGAUAUCUUGUUGAAGAACAAUUCUUAAUAAUUUCUAAUUGAGAUUGUUUUGCCUAGUAUGAAAGAAAGAGUAUACAAUCCAGAAGAAGUAAUUUUUGAUGAAUUUGAUUUCUAAUAAAAUUAUGAUAUGUUCAUUAUCAAAUCAGGAUUAGUUGAUAUAUUUUAUAAAAAAACUGGUAUCGUUGUUGAUCAAAAAAGAAGAAAUGAAUAUUUUGGUGAAAUAAGUUUUUAUUCAAAUAUGCCAAGAUCUGCAAGUUCAAGGAGUGUCAAUUUCUCAAGCAUAUUUUAAAUUUAUCAAGACAAAUUUUAAUAAAACUUAAAGACAUAUUAAGAUUCUUCAAAUAAUUCAUAAGGAAGAAUAUUUGAUUUAGAAUAAUAUUAUCUAAUUAGAGAUAAGAUAAUAUUCCAUAAAGAUUAUGGAUCUAUAGGUGUAAGAUGUUAUAUUUGUUAAAUGGAUGAUCAUAUAGCAAGAGAUUGCGAGAAAUUACAUUUUAAUGUGUAAAAUUAAUAUUUAUUUUAGAUCAGCCACACAUUUUAUUAAAUUCCUAAAAUAAUUUGAUAAAUUACAUUAAGCAGCUUAUUUUCGUAGGGAUAGAAUUGAUUUUAAUGCAAGAAAGUGUAUAUAGUAAAUCAGAUAAGCACAAUAAAGAUUCGAAAAUUCUAAAUUAAUAAAUCUAAAUGUUAAAAGAAAGACAUAUCUAGAAGAUCUUCUUAAUAGUUAUAAUGUAGCUGAAGAAGAUAUGUUAGAUACUUAAUAUCCUGAAUAUUAAAUUUAUAAUCUCAAAUAAAAAAGUAGAAUAAAAAGUAUCAAAUAUUUGAAUGGCAAAAUCACUAGAAAGUUUACUCGUAUUGUUUCAUAUGCAUCAAUAAGUGAAAAUUAUUUUGGAGGUCUAACUGAAAAAAUAGAUAAUUUUUUAUUAUAAACAAAAAAAAAAGAAAUGGAAGAAAAAUUUAAAUAGUUACAUUUAAGUUCUAUUUCAAAUUUUGAUUAAAUAUAAGAAUAUAAUCAUUUUUAUCCUUAAGGAAACUUUUCUACUGUUCUAACUUAAUAUUUAAGAGCUUUAGAAAAAGGAUUUCCUAAAAUUAUAGAAAUUGAUACUUUAUUUGGUAUUGAAGAAUUUCAAAAUUAUUCUUAAUACUAUUGUUAUAAAUUGGAGAUUGAUGCAGAAAUUAAAAAUAGAAAUAAUAAUGUAGAAUUGAAUUAUGAAUAAAUGAGAUUACUAAAUAUGGAUAGAAGAUAGAAAAAGAAAGAAAAAGUCAUUAAGGAUGCUAAUCAAUAAAUUUAAAAAUCUUUAGUACAAUUAAAAGCUUAUAAAGCAAUAAAUCGUAGUUUUAGAAAUCUAUUUAAUAAAUGA